GCUGUCUUGCACACACAAUUGCAAGCUUCCACAAUCGUGCGGUUUGUGUAUGAAAGAGAGAGGGAGAGAAAAAAAAGAAAGAGAGGGUGUGGCCCAUCUAAAAUCAAUGGCUGACCGACUUUAAAGAUAUGUUGAGAUUAAAAAGAAGAAAAAAAAGAGAGUAGAAUAAUGCAAGACCAAGACUAUAAGAAAAAAAGAGAGGAAGGAGAUAUAUAUACUCUUUAGUCAUCAUGUUUUUUUGGUGUUUUCUCUUGUAAUCAAACAAGGUAACUAAAAACCAGAUCUCUGUAAGAACUUAGAACUGAGAAGAAUCCUAAAGGGUUUUCUUUUUUAAUUUCUAUCUUUUUUGUUUUAAAGUUUAGUAUAAGUUGUUUAUAUUUGUGGGGAGAGUGUGUUGUGUGUUUUAGAUUUAAGCUUAAGUAGUGCUUUUCUUGUCUCUUUAGCAGAAACUGAGAGAGAGAGAGAGAGGCAGUAUUUGUUUUGAAUAUAUAUUACCAAAGAUUUAUCUGCUUGUGCCUUGGAGAAAUCCUUGUUUGCUUUUGUUUUGUACUGUGUUUUUAGCCUUUUGAAAGCUAGUUGUUUUUUCUUGCAACUAAUUUUCAAAGCUAUCAGUUUUCGGAAUUUAGUUGCAAACUAUAUUAUAAAGUAAAAUUAGAAGAAGGAAGAAACUAUGUCCGGUGAGGCGUUUUCUUUACCAGCUGCUUCAAUAGGAGGGUUUAUUCAAGACCCAAGUAAUGCAAACCCUAACCCUAAACCUAAUGCUAACCCUGCUAAGAAGAAGAGAAAUCUUCCCGGAACUCCUGAUCCAGAUGCUGAAGUAAUUGCUUUAUCUCCAAAAACACUUAUGGCUACAAACCGAUUCAUAUGUGAAAUAUGCAAGAAAGGUUUCCAAAGAGACCAAAACCUGCAGCUUCACCGCAGGGGUCACAAUCUUCCAUGGAAGCUAAGGCAAAGAACAAACAAAGAAGUUCGGAAGAAGGUUUAUAUUUGCCCUGAGAAAACCUGCGUCCACCAUGAUCCAUCCAGGGCUCUUGGCGACCUCACUGGAAUAAAGAAACAUUUCAGCAGAAAACAUGGUGAGAAGAAGUGGAAGUGUGAGAAAUGUUCAAAGAAAUACGCUGUUCAAUCCGACUGGAAAGCUCACUCUAAAACUUGUGGUACUAGAGAGUACAAGUGUGACUGUGGGACACUGUUUUCCAGAAAAGACAGCUUUAUCACCCAUAGAGCUUUUUGUGACGCCUUAGCUGAAGAAAGUGCAAGACUCACUUCAGUUGCAGCCACAAGCCUAAAUUUCAGAAACGAUACUGUGAAUCUGCCUCAUGGAUUUGCUGGCCGUGGAGUUCAAGAUGUUGCUGGCAUUCCUCAAUUUGGUUCGGGUUUUCCUCAAGAUUUCAGUGGGAUGCCUGCACCAGGUUUGCCUGAGAUGGUUCAAAUGGCUCCAGCCAAUGUCUUUGGCUCUUCUUCACACUUUCCUGGAUUUGAAAACGGCGGUGCAACUUCAUCAAAUUCCAAUAAUCUCUCCUUAUCGCAACUGCCACAAGGGUUAAAAGAAGAAGGUCGAAACGAAGGAAAUUUAAUGGAAAGCCUUUCAUCUCUCUAUUCUGAUAAUCAAAACAAGCAAUCUAAAGCUAAUGCUUCACCAAUGUCCGCAACUGCGCUUUUGCAAAAAGCGGCUCAAAUGGGUUCAACUAGAAGCAAUUCGUCCUUCUUUGGCAACAGUUUCGGUGUAAUGAGCUCAUCUUCCUCUCACACAGCACCUACUUUCAUGGCAUCAAGCAGUGCAUCAAUGAGUGCAACAAGCAACAAGCUUGAUAAGCUCAUGUUACAAACAGGAGGCAAACCAAGUGAGCCGACUCUAUUAAGCAUGCAUCACCCUGGUUCAAAUUCAUUCGCUCAAAGCUUGACGAGGGACUUCCUUGGGAUGAGCAAUGAUCAAUCACCACGUCCAUUUUUACCCCAAGAACUAGCCAAAUAUGCAGCAAUUGGCUCAACCAUGGGUCUCAGUCAAUUCACUAGCAGCAACCACUAAGCUCAGCUACCUUUCAAAUAGCGUUACGGGAUUACAGCUCAGUGGCAAAAUAUACGAUCGUGGUCCUAUAUAUGCAAUAUAUAUAUACACAUAUAUAUUAUCUGCAAACUGCAAUAUAGUAUUGAAAAAGCUACAAACUGGGGACCAAGUUUGGAGUGUGGGUGUAGAAGGCAAAGCAAAAACCAAACUCCCAGAGCACAGUAAGCUCAUCUUGUGAAUGGUCAGUGAAACUGCCGAGGUGGCCCCAAUUCCAUGUUUGAAAUGACUAAACAAUGAGCCAACUCCGAGUCAUGCAUGUUUCUCCACGUUGUUGUUCUUGUUGUUUUGCUUCAUGUCUCAGUUCUUUUAUCCUUUUUUUUCCCCUCGGUUUUAUAAUUAUUUGCUUCCCUUUGCUUAUCUUAAUUAAUCGUUAUAUUAGUAGUAA